UUGGCUUUGUAUAAAUUGGACCUGGAAGUAGGGGAAAGGGCAUAUUUCGAGUGUUUUCAUCUUACGAGAUUUAGUGAAGGCAUGGCAGAGGACGCACCUACAGACUCUGCAACCACCACGACGGCUUCACUCCAAUCUGAAUGCCAAGAGCAAGACCAGCCAUUACCGUCCCAAAACCCUAACAUGCCUCAAGAGGUGGAGCUGCAAGAAAACCCACGUUCUGAGUUCCAACCCACGAAAGCCCUAACCUUUGUACUCCAUGAUCCCCACGACUCUGACCACCAUAAAAUCCCCCAAGACCCAGAGGACCAGAAAAAUUCCCUUGAAAUCGACCAUAAACAAAAGCAGCAAGAAGUGGAAUCAGAUGGGUCUGAAGCGAAUCGGAACAACGAAUCCCAAGUCGCCGUUGCAGCUGCAGCCGUCGCCCCAGCUGUUACAACCACGACGACGACCUCCAACAACUCGGUUUAUCGUCGUGGCACGAAGCGGAAGAAGAUGGCUAUGAAGCGGAUCGCUCAGGAGAAAAAGUCCCAGAAGAAGCUUGAAGUUCUCAACGAAACCCUUAAACCGAUACCCUUUGUACCAGCCAAAAGCCUCGACUUUUCGAAUCACGAGAAGCUGCUGAAGCGUUUGGGUUUGUGGGAUUUCGUCCAUAUCGAGUUUGACCGUUCAAUUCGUACUGAUCUCCUUGCCCAAUUGAUUGCCAAUUUCAGUAACACCCAUAGGUGCAGUUAUGUCAAUGGUGUUCGAAUUAUGGUCAACCGGGCCGAUUUGGCCCGUGCUUUGAAGCUUCCCGUGAAGAAGAUUGCUGGGUCGGAUGCAGCAGAGGAGGUGCCAGUUUCAGAGGAAUCAAUUGCGUUUAUUGAGGAGUUCGUUUCCAAUUGGAUACUUUUGCACGAGGAUACUUGGAUGAUGCCGAGUGAGGUCUUGAAUUGGACCAAAGAAAUCAAGGAGGGAAAUUUGGAGAAGUUUGAUUGGGCUCGUUUAUUAUGGUUCAUGGUGGAGAAGGAGUUGACGCAGGCACCCAAGUUGACGAGUUGUUACUAUGCUUCACAUUUGCAGUGUUUGAUAAAAGCACAGCGUGAAGAGUUGCUACUUGUGAGGGAAGAGGAGGAUAAGGUUAAGGUUGAUAUAAAGGAUGAAGAGGAGGAGGAGGAUGAAGAGGAGGAGGAUGCUAAUGGAGACGUGAAGAUGGGUGGGGAUGAUGAUAUUCAGGGCCAUGUAUUGCAGGAGCACAAUAUUGAAUUGAGUCUCGGGCAAGAUAAUGUUAUUGAGAAAGUUGAUAUGGAAAAGGAUAAAGAUGGGGAUGUUUUAUUGGAUUUUGAGGGAUGUAAGGAGGAUGAGUCUGCACAAUGGCUAUUGGAUGGGAAGAGCAGUGUGGGUGAGCCUUAUCUGCGGCGGUGUAAUCUCGUAGAUGAACGUGUGGACUUGAGGUGUGAGGAUGAAAGGAAACAAGAAGAAGAGGAGGAAAGAAGAGGAGGAGAGGGAGAAGAAGAAGAUGGAGAAGAAGAGGAUGAGGGGGAGGAGGAGGAAGAGGAGGAAAUGCAUGAACAGGACGGUGGUUUUCACCUUUCUCCGAGGGGAAUUUCUCUAGAUGGUUUGUCUUCAGCAAGUCUCAUUCAGGCAAUGGAAACAACGCAAAUUGCUGUAAAUACAGGAAUGCCGCUCCGUGAUCAUUUUGCAAGUGAUUUUCUUUCCUCUAGGGAUGACACUCGAAUGCUUCCUGGUAGUUCAUCACUUUUUGGUAAUGGUAACAAGAGGGAGAUUAGCCAUGACAAUGAUAUCUCUCAUCAAUCUCUCAAUGUUAAUAAGCGGUUAAGGACUGAUAACCUUUGGGAUAGUAAGUCAUCAAGUGAAAUUGAUGUGGUUUUGGAGCAAAUGCAGCAGUUGAUGGGAAAAGCUAGGAUGAUAUGUGCUGCAAAAGAGCAGGCUUGUGAAGAAUCUUCUAUGAAUCAGCAAAUUUUACUGACUGAGUUGCAGAGACGGGAUAAUAUGAUUGAUCAGUUGCAUAAGGCCAAGAUGGACGAGCAACAGAAGAGACAAAUGGAGGUAUAUAGGCUUGAGAGAGAGCUUUAUGUGAUGGCAAAUCUCUUAGAGGGCUAUAGAAAGGCUUUAAAGGAAACGAAUAGAGCUUUUGCUGAAUAUAGAGCACGCUGUCCACAACUCGAUGAACCUCUUUACAAGGACGUUACUGGGUCUGGAGGUCUUGUUUUGAGCUCCAUGGAAUUGGAAAAGCAACGCCUCAAGCUAGAAGAGGAAGAGAGGUUGAACAGAAUGGUGGUGGAGAAAAAAAUUAAAGACUUUGAAGUGUGGUGGGAUGGCAAAUUUGAAGCACAUAUGGAGAGUGUGCAUUCAUUGGCUAACAAGUUUCUUUCCGUGGAGAAGGAAAUAAAACUCCUUAAGGAAUCAUUUGCAAAACGCAGGGUUCAGGAACCACAGGAAUCUGUUCAGGAGAUACGUGAAUCUGUCCAGGACACAUCGGAAUCUGUUCAGGAGAUACGUGAAUCUGUCCAGGACACAUCGGAAUCUGUUCAGGAGAUACGUGAAUCUGUCCAGGACACAUCGGAAUCUGUUCAGGAGAUACGUGAAUCUGUCCAGGACACAUCGGAAUCUGUUCAGGAAACACCGGUAUCUGUUCAGGAAACACAAGUAUCUGUUCAGGAAACACCGAUAUCUGCUCCAAAUGAUGUAUAAGCGGCUCGGGUUGCAAUGUUAGCUAUGUUUUCUUUAUGCACGUUUCAGUUACUUUUGUUAUUCUGCUACAAACUUGUUUAAACACGGUACAGUUGAGGAGUUUGAUCUCGGUAAUAUUUUGGCUUCAACUGUAAGGCGAAAAUGUAUGUGGCUCUGACCCUGUUAUCAUGUUCUAUUUAGCGAUGCAAAAUCGGCUCUAAGUGAAUAUUAUCAUUAAAUUAGAAACAUUUAGAAAGGGGAAAUGGAUCAGUGACGUGUGUAUGUAUAGUCUUAAUGAUGCUACUUUUAUUCUUCUAGUAGAAGGGGUUCUUCUGUAAGGUUUGGUUC